CAUUGUCCUUAUCGUCCCUCCUCCAUCGACAUUCGACAGUGAGCCCCAUGAUUCAUAAAACUUGCCAGUGAGGGCCAAUACUGAGUUCGAGACCUCCAACAACGGGGAUCUACUACAAAAUAUCGGUCCUUAUUAGCCUAUAAAUUGGAGAGACAGUUGCCGCCUUCUCCAUACAGUUCGAGCCAGCUUGCUGCAAUGGACAGCUGGAUUUCAUUCUUCUCACUCUCAGCUCUCCUCCUGCUUGUUGAGGCCACAAACAGAAACAGCAGUAGCUCUCUCACUAUAAAAGCUUACUGGAAUGAGGUCUUCCCCAGCACUCCCAUGCCUAAUGCCAUUCAAGCUCUCCUACCAUCCUCUACAAAUAUAUCAGAAUUUGGUUAUAGAUAUGGUGGCCCUUUUCGCUAUCGCUAUCGCUGGAUUCAGAGGUGGGGUGUGUUGGGUAAUGACCACGAACAGUCUAAGCGUAACCACGAACAGUCUAAGCGUAAUUGGUCACCGAACCUUGCACCUCUGUAUUUCUUAAGGGACGACCUGCAGGCUGGUAGCAAGAUGAACGUCACCAUGAUGAUCAGCCCGACAAUAAUAGAUGGUUCUAGCGGUGGUAUCAGCAUUGAGCCAACCUUCUUGCCACGCCAACAAGCUCAAGCAAUUCCCUUCUCCACCUCCAAUCUCACUACCAUCCUUAUGAUGUUCUCCAUUCAACCCCACUCUGAGCAUGCAUCUCUUACAAGCCAAACGCUAGAAGAUUGCGAGAGGCCUGCACUUAAAGGAGAAGUUAAGUACUGUGCAACAUCUUUGGAAUCCAUGAUCGAUUUCGUUGUUGCAGAACUUGGAAGCCAUGAGAUUCAUUCAGUGGUCACUUCCGUUGUUAACAAAAAGGAGAAAGUGAAGGCCAAGACUUACAGGGUAGGUGAUGGAGGGGGGAAGGUGAUGUCUCCCAAAGUUGUGACAUGCCACGACGUGACGUUUCCUUAUGCCGUCUUCUACUGCCACAAUUUCCCGGGGACAAGGCCAUACAUGGUUCCAUUGAUUGCUGAGGAUGGUAGCCAGGUGAAUGCCAUUGCUUUGUGUCAUUUUGAUACAUCAAAAUGGAAUCCUGGCCAUGCCAGCUUCCGGUUUCUAGGCGUCAAACCUGGAACCGUUCCCAUUUGCCACUUCAUUGUAAAAGAUCUUGCUUGGGUCCCUAACUAAUCUACAUUCUACCUCCUUCCUUCCCAACCUUUCCUUGAUCUGCCUGGAGAGCCCUUGAAUAAUAAAAUCCAGGGGAGAAUUCCUCUGCCACCCGUUUAUGGUUUUGAUGAAUGAUUUUCUAGAGUUCAUGUAAUGGGCCAAUUGACCAGG